AUGGAAGGAUACAGUGAAGAAGCACUUACCGAAACAAUGGGGCGGAGACCGAGACGGUGGAGUCGGGUGGAGGUGGCGUCGCUCGCAGUUCAUGCUCGAUGUUGGGAGGAGAGGCCGGAGGUGGAUUUCGACUUGGGAGGGCAAAUUAGGCGCCGAUUUAUCGAUGGUGAUGGCGGUGUUCUUUUCGAGAACUAUAGUCAAAUCAAUCUUAACCGCGUUACCGGACCGGAAAGUAUUGCCUUUGAUUGUAAAGGUGAAGGACCAUAUGUCGAAAGGAAAUUGUGUGAUGGCAUAAGAGAUUCAAACAUUGAACCGAUAUGUGGAAGACCAUUGGGCUUGAAGUCCGAUACUCAAACAUGUCUUCUGUAUAUAGCAUAUGACUAUUUUGGUAUUUUAGUUGUUGGAUCAAAUGGUGGCACAACUAUAAGACUGGCUAUUUCGGCAAAAGGAGUUCUAUUCAAAUUUACGAAUGGCUUAGACAUCGAUACAAGCACCAAAAUGGUUUAUUUUACUAAUAGUAGUAUUCUUUGUCAAAGAAGUUUUAGUGAUAGAACUGGACGGCUGUUAAAAUAUAAUCCUUAUAUAAGAGACGCUGUUUUGUAUGACGGUUUAGCUUUUACUAACUGGGUUGCUUUGAGUGCAAACAAUUCAUUUAUUCUAGUGAAUGAAUCAAUAAAAAAAUAAUUUUUGAAAUUUAAUAUAUACGACCUGAAAGCAACUCCCAAAAUAUUUGUUGAAUUGCCUAGGGUUCCAGAUAAUAUAAAAAGGAAUAAAAAUGGUGAAUUUUGGGUAGCCCUAAAUAGCGGAAGAUUAGGAACAAUUGAAAUGAUGUUCCAGAUCCAAUUGGAAUGA